GAAACCUUUUUCAAAAACUUCAUUGUGUUCUUAUUUGGUAUCAUUAUCAAUUGUAUCAACAGCUUGCUGGUUUAUACUUUCUUCAAGAAUCCUGUCUUCGCUCAGGAGCCCCGCUAUAUCCUCUACAUGCAGCUGAUCAUCAAUGACAUCAUUACAUUGUCUGUCUGUGUGAUUUUGUUUGUGUUAUUUUACUUAAUGCCAAACAUGAAUGUUGCUAUCUGCUGCAUUUUCAUCUUCAUUGGAAGCAAUGCCUACAAGAACACACCACUAAACCUGGCCGGCAUGGCUAUUGAGCGCUUCGUGGCCGUCUGCUUCCCUCUACAUCAUGCACGAAUAUGCACCGUCCAAAACACCAAAAUCCUGAUCGGCAUCAUCUGGCUGGUGGGAGCUGUGCCUGGUCUGUUGGACCUGCUUGUGGUCUUGGCUCUUCGUCCACUUUCCUUCUUUACCACUAGCCGGACAUGCUACCACCAAAAUGUGUUUGAUUUAGAAUACAAUU